GUGGCCCUUUUUAACUAUGCAUCCCUGAUUCCCUGUUACUAUGUAGAACCUGCAGUGCAGUUACAACAUGGCCUCUCUGCUCACCUUUUCUAUAUUAGAGAUGUAGAUCUCCAUAUGUCGAAACCGACUUCUCAUCUGAUUGAUAGGGACCAUGGAAUGGGCAAUGUCACUAUUGUUGGACCAACCAAAAGUCCUCAAAAAGGUCCAAGCUGAGAUCGAUGCUAAUGUAGGAAUAAACCGAACUGUGCAACGCUUGUCAUGCAAGGAGUAUCAAAUCCCAUGAAGAUCUCAAGGACUAGUACUUGAAGUAGAAGGGGGUGGGGAAAAGAAAGGGAUAGAUGGGAUUGUUGGAAUGGAGGGGAUAUUUGGGAUGGAAGGGAUGGUGGGCACUGUAACAGAGGGCAAUGGUGGCAAUGUGCCCUUAGGAAUAGAAGGGAUUGUCGGUAUGGUAGGGCUGGUCGGUAUUCCGGCAGGUAGCGGCGGCAACGUUGCCUUAGGCAAUGGUGGCACUUGGGUGGUUGGCAAGGGUGGUGGCAAUGUUGGUUUUGGGAUUGAGGGAAUGGUUGGUAAAGCUGGUGUAGGAGGUAUGGCUUGAAGUAGAUUGCGAGCAGCGAGGGUGAUGUCAAUGUUUUGAAGUGAAAGUACUGUGACCACAAAACUGAAGAAAGUCUUGGAAGCCAUGGCUGUAAGGAAACAAGGCCUUGGAGAAGAUCUUACAAAGAGGAGACUAGUACUUGAUUGAAUGAAGAAGAGCAGCAAAGCUGGAUGGAUAUAUAUAGAGGGAAAGUGGGGCCAGAAUUUUGGAUUUAGUCCCUAAAAUAGGUGUGGGUUGGUGGGGUUUGAAUUCCAUGGGUCGCUUGGAAAUGGUGUGAGGUUGUUAGAUUAUUGUCAUUGUUAGCUUACCUCUCCUCACCUACAAUAAAGAGCAAGUAUUCCAACAGGAAUUAUAAAUUGGGAAAGAAUGUAGUUGUAGUGGCAAUAAUGAUAACAAUUAUUUUUAUCAAUAUUAUCCACCCAUCUCAUAAAAUAUGUAUUUGUUAACUAUUGUUUCAUCUAAAAACUCAAACGGUUAGGGAAUGACAACAUCAAUAUAUACAUCAACACAGGUCAAUGGCCUCUCUCCAACUGGACCUAUUCUUCUGAUCUUUAUGUUUUUUUUUUUUUUUUUUUGUACUAAACUCGACAUUGGCAGCCAGAUAGAGACCCACAAGAGGCCAGCGAGGUGACCCACUGAUCUGUCAAUACCAAUUAAAAAAAAAAAAUGAAAGAAAAACCUCGUCAGAAAAUACACUCGACAAAAAGAGGGGGCUCACCUUCGGCAUUGUCCUUAUUUGAACCCCUCAAUAUUCGUCAAUUAGGAAAAUCUAAUCUAGGCUGAGAAUUUGCAUAUGUAGCUAACACUCGCAUGAUGUGUCUGGGAAGAUCAGCCAUAUCUGUCAAAAUUCCUCUCUCAACACAUCUUGGCUUAAUAUAUAGUCUAUCAAGUAAGGAAGACAUGAUCUAUUAUUGGUGAAGCCUGAUCUUAGUUUCAAUCACGAACUACCGAUGAUUUUCUCCAAUAAUGAGAGUGGGAGGCCUUCGACUGAUUUUUUUUGGAGUCAUUUAUAUUUAGGGUAAUUUUGUGCUUUCAGGGAUUAGGAUUUCUCACAACACACUAUAUUUAAGGGAUUAUAUCAUAAGGAGAUAGAGGGUUCGGUUAUUGUAAAUUUUUCAUCAGAAUAAGUAGAAGCUCUGAUUAUUGCUUAACAAUGGAAGUAGCCCAUCUUAGGUGAACCAUCUAAAUCAAUGUGCUAUAUGUGUGUGAGUGAUUUUCCUUCGUUUUUCUUUUGCAAAUUGUUGUUCUGCUACGUUGUUAAUUCAUAACAUAAUGAUCAUUUGUGAGUCCUCACUGUGGUGCAGGUGAUGUUAACAGCUGGGAUCGAUACUGCAGCAGGGACCCUGGAAUGGGCGAUGUCACUAUUGUUGAACAAUCCAGAAGUCCUCAAGAAGGCUCAAGCUGAGAUCGACACCAUUGUAGGACAAGAGAGACUAGUCAAUGAAUCAGAUAUUGCCAGGCUCCCAUAUCUUCAUUGCAUUAUAAAUGAAACCCUUCGGAUGUAUCAUGUCGCCCCACUACUAGUACCUCAUGAAUCAUCAGAGGAGUGCAUUGUAGGAGGUUUUACUAUCCCACGUGGCACGAUGCUAUUGGUUAAUAUGUGGGCAAUCCAAAGAGAUCCCAAGUUAUGGGAAGAACCCACAAAGUUCAGGCCAGAGAGGAUGGAGGGCAUUGGAGGAGUAACUUCAGUAAGGGAUGGGUACAAGUUAAUGCCAUUUGGGUCAGGUAGGAGGAGUUGCCCUGGGGAGGGUCUAGCCUUGCGUGUGGUUGGCUUGACAUUGGGGUCAUUGAUUCAAUGUUUUGAGUGGGAAAGGGUUGAUGAAGAGCUGAUCGACAUGACUGAAGGCCCCGGACUACCUAAAGCCAAGCCUUUGGAGGCUAACUGCAAGCCACGUCCAGCAAUGUUGAGCUUCCUUUCUCAAAUUUGAUUCACUGUUAUUUCGUUGUAGCUUGUCCCUUAGUGUCAUUCAAGCAUUGUAACCAAGUACAUCAUAAAAUUUCUCUGUGA